UGGAUUACCAGAAAAUGAUCCUUAUAAUUUAUUUGCUGUUGACGAUGAAAGAUGGAUGUUGUAAAGAUUAUCCAACCAUUCAAACAAAGACUAUUUAUGUUGGAGAUCCUGUGAAGUUGACAUGCUCACGCAGGGAUGCUGGAGAGUUUUUGUGGAUGAGGACCAGUUCUGGAGAUUCUCCCGACAUCUUUGGAAAACAUGAGAAUAUGUAUUCUCAAGUUAAAGUUUCUUUGGAACCUGGAAUUGUUGUUUUGCAGAUCACAAAAGCAAGGAUAAAUGAUUCUGGAUUGUAUUUCUGUCAGAGAGUGUAUAAAGGAAACAAAAGUAUUCUGAAUGUAACAUACCUGUCAGUUGAAGAAUCUGCCGCCAUCGCAGACCCCACAUCUGCUCCACCCCAUCUCCGUGACUCUCUGACUCUCUAUUGUUCAGGCCUCCGUGACUCUCAAAAUAAAUCUUGUCCUGGAGAUGAGAGUUUGCUCUGUUUUAGAGCUGAAUCAAUUCAAACUCUCCCAAGUUUAAACUACACUGACAAUGAAGAAGAUAGAUUAAAAUUUGACUCUGAAGGAUGUGUGUACAGCUAUUUCAAGAACUACAGCAUGUCUGGUGCUCAGAUAUAUCAAUGUGCUGUGGCAAAGUAUGACGAGAACACAUCUGGAAGAAAAUCAAACCCCAACACUAAAGCAGAAAACCAAAGAGAUUCAAGUAAUUACAAUACAGUUGUCUUUCUGAUGAGUGCUGCUUUGGCUUUGUGCCUGGUUGUUAUAGCCUUCCUCAUUUAUUUAAACAUACAAGUUAAUAAAAAGUUAAAUGAUUGUUGCAGUGCAACGGUGGCUGGGCAAUCACAAGAAUCAAUCAGAAGAAAUCAAGAAAGCCAGAAGUUGCACGAGGAUGUGUUGGUUUAUUCAGCAGUUUCCACAAGAAGAAAAGCCAGCAAGAAAAGGACAGCGGGCACAUCACCUGAGGAACAAGAUGUCAUCUACACAGAAGUCAAUGUUCUUGGGCUCUGAUAAAGCUAAGCUAAUGUUACAACUAUUUUCUUAAGACUAAGUUUAAAAUGCACUUUAUUCUGUUUCAGAAGACUAAACAAAUUCUUUGGAAAAAUUGUAUUAAUAUGUGUGGAUGUCUGUAUUUUUGAUACCCAUUUUAUUCUGCACGUAUUUGCUUAAAAUGAAACAAUAGCUAUGUUAUGUGCUUCUCAAGUAGAUGCAUUUAGGCUACAUGUGAAGGCUCUUAGCAUAAAAACAUUAAUAAAAGUAAUUGUCAUCUGU